CUGGCUGCGGCAACUGUAGCCUGCAGAAGGCAAGGCACCACAUCGUCCUCUCUGACGCCUUUUCCUGCUAUCCGAUUGCUUCUUCCUCUCUCGUCGUAUUCACCCCACUCCCACCUUGCCUGCCUGCCAUCACACACAGUAGCUUGGCAGUAUCAGUGCCUGGUAGACUCCAGCCCACACAUCCAGUCCACCUAGAGCUAGAGACAAGGGAAGGCGAAAGAUCGAGCAAGAGAGCGAGUGAAGAUGCUGCUCUGUGAUCUCUCUUCUUACCAGGAGGCCACCGGAUCCAACUCCCACGGUGGAGACGUAGCCGUCAGCAACCAUGUCCUGCUGAGCCCUCUCUUUCCGCCGGCAGCGACGACGACGACGCUGCUACCCAGGCCGCCGCCGCUGCUGCUGGAGGAGCCCGCCAGGGCCAAGAGGAAGAGGAGCCAGCCAGGAAACCCAGACCCUGGCUCGGAGGUGAUCGCGCUGUCGCCGCGGACGCUGGUGGCGACGAACCGCUUCGUGUGCGAGAUCUGCAACAAGGGCUUCCAGAGGGACCAGAACCUGCAGCUGCACCGCCGUGGCCACAACCUCCCCUGGAAGCUCCGGCAGCGUAGCCUGGCGCCGCUGCCCAGCAGGCCCGGCGACGCGCCACGGAAGCGCGUCUACGUCUGCCCCGAGCCCACCUGUGUCCACCACGACCCGGCAAGGGCGCUCGGCGACCUCACCGGGAUCAAGAAGCACUUCUCCAGGAAGCACGGCGAGAAGCGGUGGAAGUGCGAGCGGUGCGGCAAGUGCUACGCCGUGCACUCCGACUGGAAGGCACACGUCAAGAACUGCGGCACCCGCGAGUACCGAUGCGACUGUGGCAUACUCUUCUCAAGGAAAGACAGUCUGCUGACCCACAGGGCCUUCUGUGAUGCCCUAGCUGAAGAGAGUGCAAGGCUUCUCGCAGCUGCAAACAACAGCAUCACCAUCAGUACCACCACCUGCAACAAUAACAGCGGUAGCAGCGAUAACAGCAACAACAACAAUCUAAUCACGACCAGCAACAGUUCACCACUCUUCCUUCCUUUCUCUAGUCCACCUCCCCCUCAAAGCCCUAAUCCCCUUAUGUUUCUCUCCCAAGAACCUCAACAUCACCAGCUGUUCCCUCCGUUCCAACCCCUGACAUACCUUGAUGAGCUCCCUAUGAACUCCGCUAUCACCGACAGUGUCUCGACCAUCGCCGCCGACACGGUCACCUACCGGCUCAGCCAAGAAGGUUCGAUGACUAUGCACGCCGGCGGACGCCGUCUCACCAGGGACUUCCUCGGCAUCGACGAUUCCGGGGAUCAGGUGGAUGAGCUGCAGCUGCCACUGUGUGCCACUGCAUACCAGGGACGCUCCAUCGCCACCGCCGCCUGCUGCUCCACCGACAUGACCAGGCAGUACUUCGGCAGGCUGCCGCCAGUGAACGAGACGUGGAGCCACAACUUCUAGCAAACCACUCAACAAGUCGACCGAACCAUGCAUCCAAGACUUGACUGUUGACACCGAAAUUUCCUGGUUGUUUCUUAAAAUAUCUUCUUGUUGCUUACCAUUAGCAUCUUCUGGAAUUUUUCUUUUUAAUGAAUCUACUUUUCUUGGAAGAUGGAGCAUUUUGGGAUAAUGUACCCUGUUUGUCUUAGGAAAACCAUAUUUUUUUAUGGAUCCUCUUAUGCAACUCA